AUGACACGUCGAUCUCACUUCCAACCGGGCCGUGAACCUUUAGAGGCCCACCCCGAUCUGACACUAAAGAGCAAUCAUGUAACAGGCACAUUUGCAUUUCUCAACCCUACACUGGCGCACUACUCUCCAAAAGGCCAGCCCAACCUGGAACAAGACCAAUCCCACCCCCAACCAAGCAUCGAGCACCUCUGGCGUUCCCGCGACAACAGGAAAGGUCGACAUGCUCUCCGUGUCAGCCACCGGGCCGCUCCGCAGGAUCGUCUCACAGCUCCACCACUUACGCGCUCUGCCCCGAUGAUAUACAAGGGCAUUCUUCGCAUGUUCACUUGUGCUCCAUACUGGGAUGUAUCAUGGCUGGUCGCCACUACAUUCACUCUGGGGUCAGUGAUUUGGAUUAUCAACGCGUUUUUCGUCUGGCUCCCACUUGCCAAUCCGAACACUGAGUUUUCGGGAGAGUCGCUGGUCGGAGGUGGGGUGACAGCGUUCAUCGGCGCAACGAUUUUCGAGGUUGGGAGUGUGCUUCUUCUUCUCGAGGCUGUGAAUGAGAAUCAGACGGGUUGUUUCGGAUGGGCGCUUGAAACUGUUCUUUCGAAGACGGGAUCUCACGAUGGCCAUGGACAUGCUUGGACAAAGAUUCAGCCCGAUAUGCAGGAGUGUCGACAUCAUCAUGCGAAUCGCCGAUCCUUCCUACGGGGGCGACAUGCCCGUGGCAAUGAACCCGAUAUUCAGACUCAAUUCAGUCGCGUCGUUUCUGCAUCCGAUGGGAGGUCAUUUCGAUGGAUACCCUCAGCCAAAGAACUGCGCACACACUACUUUCAUGAACUGGGGUUCCUUGCUUCGUUGAUUCAGUUUGGCAGUGCUUCUAUCUUUUGGAUUGCCGGGUUGACGGGUCUUCCGGGAAUCUACAAUCAUCUCAGUUCGAAUCUUGCAGAUGGUGUAUAUUGGACUCCGCAAAUUGUCGGCGGAACGGGAUUCAUUUUGAGUGGCCUCCUGUUUACCAUUGAAACUCAGUCAAAGUGGUACAUACCUGCUUUGCAUGUGCUUGGUUGGCACAUUGGCGUUUGGAACUUUAUUGGCGGCGUUGGUUUCACUCUUUGUGGUGCUCUGGGCCCGGCCAGUUCUCAUUCUGGGGUAGCGUACCAGGCAACACUUGCUACCUUCUGGGGCUCCUGGGCCUUUAUGAUUGGCUCUACUAUCCAGUGGUAUGAAAGCCUACAGAAGCACCCAGUUGAAAGAAAGGCUGAGUGA